CCCCAGCGGUUGGGUUUGCGGGUCUGGUCGCGGCCGCUUCAUGGCGUGGGUGGUGCCGGGCUCUGCAGGUGACGGGGGCGAAGCGAGGGCCAUUGCGGCCUAGAGUUCCAAAAGAUGAGUCGUGGAUAUUCAGAAAACAACAAUUUCCUAAACAAUAACAAUCAAAUGGUAUUGGACAUGAUCCUUUACCCAUUAAUUGGAAUCCACCAGACCAUCAAUUGGGAAACUGUGGCAAGGCUUGUGCCUGGAUUAACACCCAAAGAGUGUGCAAAGAGGUUUGAUGAGCUGAAGAGCAGUGGCAGUUCACCUGUGGACAACCAGUAUAGUCCCCUCAUGGCUGCUGGGGAGAGUCCUGUUGAAACUUUAGCCACAUACAUCAAAUCCUCGCUUCUUGACACACAAGGAGAGUUUCAGGAGACUCCAGUUGGUCAGGAUGCAGUUUCUAAAACAGGAAGACAUAGUAUAGCUUCCACAAGGAAUUGUUCUUCAGAAAGUGAAAAUUGUACUACUCAUAAUGGUGGAGAAAAGACUGAAGAAUCUGAAGGGCCAAACAUGGUGAUCCAUGUAUGUGAUGAAGCAAAAAACUUGAAAGAAGAUUUUAUUUGCCCACGAGAUCUUUUGAUAUCAGAAAUGAAGUACUUUGCUGAAUAUUUAUCUGUGGAUGCCCAGCGCUGGGAAGAGGUGGACAUUUCAGUUCAUUGUGACGUUCACAUUUUCAACUGGUUGAUAAAAUAUGUUAAAAGGAACACUAAGGAGAAUAAAGAUUGUGAGAUGCCCUCUUUAGAGCCAGGAAAUGUCAUUUCAAUUCUUAUUUCUUCAGAGUUUUUGAAAAUGGAUUCUCUGGUUGAACAGUGUAUACAGUAUUGCCACAAAAAUAUGAAUGCCAUUGUAGCUACUCCAUGCAACAUGAACUGUAUUAAUGCAAAUCUUCUUACACGUAUAGCAGAUCUGUUUACACACAAUGAAGUUGAUGAUUUAAAGGACAAGAAAGAUAAGUUUAGGAGUAAACUUUUUUGUAAGAAGAUUGAGAGACUGUUUGAUCCUGAGUACUUGAAUCCAGAUUCUCGGAAUAAUGCAGCAACAUUAUACAGAUGCUGUUUGUGUAAGAAACUUUUAACAAAAGAAACAGAAAGAAGAAUUCCUUGCAUUCCUGGAAAAAUCAAUGUGGAUCAGCAUGGAAAUAUUAUAUAUAUUCAUAUAAGAGAUAAAACUUGGGAUGUUCAUGAGUAUUUGAAUAGUCUUUUUGAAGAAUUAAAAUCUUGGAGAGAUGUAUAUUGGCGCUUAUGGGGAACAGUCAACUGGCUAACUUGUUCAAGAUGUUAUCAGACUUUUCUGUGCAUAGAGUUUUCACACUGUCAGUAUCACUCAGAGACAGUGAUUUAUCCUGCUGCAGGAAGUUCGCUGAGUACUGUUGGCACUGGAAUUUAUCCCUGCUGUAACCAAAAGGUUCUUCGAUUUGACCCCACUCAGCUUACAAAGGGUUGUAAAGUAAAGGACCAUAUGGUUACUCUUCGUGAUCAAGGUGAAGGUGAAGAUUUGCUGUCCUGUCCAACUGCCAAAAUUCUGGAUGAUCUGCACAAACACAAAGAUGUCAUCCUUGUGCCUUUUGCUAAAGAUACAAUUAGUGAUUCUGGUGGUCCCUGUGAUGAAAAGGGUCUAGACUGUGAUGUUUUACUGGAGCCAAAUACACCAUGGGGCCCCAAGAGUGGGGAGCUUAAUGCUUUCUUAUCACUGAAAAACUGGACUCUGCAGCUGAAACAACAGUCAUUAUUUUCAGAAGAAGAAGAAUAUACCACUGGGUCCGAGGUCACUGAAGAUGAAGUUGGAGAUGAAGAAGAAGUAUCCAAGAAACAAAGGAAAAAGGAGAAGCCAAAGAAGUUCACUAAACAACCAAAGAAGCAGAUGUCUUCACCCUGUGGUCAGAAGAAAGAAAAGGCCCUGGAGAAGUCAACUUCUAGAGAUGUAUCUCCUUUCAUUGUAAGUAUGCAGAAGAAUAAGUGGGAUGCCACAAGAUCCUUGAGAUUCAACCAAGAUGCCCAAAGAGAAGAUGAUCAGCGGCGGAUGUCUGAAAUUACUGGGCACCUAAUAAAGAUGAGAUUGGGUGAUCUGGAUCGAGUCAGGUCAAAGGAAGCAAAAGAAUUUGCAGGAGGGAUUUAUUCCAGGCUUGAAGCACAAAUCAAGGCCUCAGUGCCAGUCAGUGCUCGGCAGAGCAGCUCUGAAAAAAACACAAGAUGGUUACCCAGUUUCCGUGCUGUGCUGACGAUAAAUACACAUAUUAGAAUUCUUCCCCCACUAGUUUGAGAUGCUGAAUUUUUUGCACACUGAAUCCUGGUUUAAGACCUCAGGAUUUUGUAACGUCAUAACAUGAAGCCUGGAAUUGCUGAAACCGUAUUGCAAUCAUGAAGACAGCCAAAAUAGGACAAAGUUGCUACACUGAAAAAUGGACUUCAAUUUAAUGAAAGUUUUUGGCUAAACUACUUCAGGACAUUUUGUGAGAACAUGAUUUUUUUUGUUUGUUUGUUUUAGAUAGUUGAGUUAGAUUUCCUGUUACUUGCAAGCAAAUACAUCCUAACAGAUCCCAAAUCAUUCUUCACACACCCACACAUACACAUAAAAUGAAAAAAAAAAUAGUUCUAAGGAAUUCUGGCCAAGAUAGUAAAUGUAAAAAAUGAUUUCUGAAACCAACUGAUUUAAUCUUUGUAAAAGUUUAUUUUUAAAUAAUUCAGAACUUACAGAAAGGUUAAAAAAAAAUUAGCACAGACAAUUCCCAUAUACACCCAGAGACCACAUUCAAGUUUCGUGAAUCGUCCCAAUUAUAUUUUCUAUAUUACCUAUAAAGGAUCCAGUCUAGAUUCAUGCCUUGUACUUAGUUGUCAUGUCUCAUCACACUCUCAACCUGGGACAAUCCCUGAGUCUUUGAGUUUCAUGCCCUUGACAUUUUUGAAGAUUAUAAAGCAAAGGAAUUUUAUAGACUGUCCUUGAUUUGGAUUUGUUCUGUAAACCCUCAUAUCCUAUUGAGUGGCUCAAUGACAAUUUGUACUUUGUUGGUUCUAUUAAAUUUGAUCAUUUGAGUAAGAUCGUAUCUUCUAAUCUCCAUUAUGAAGUUAUUUUUCUUCUUUGUAAUUAGAAGUAUUUUAUGUGGAAAUACUUUGACACUAAUAUCUAGUUACUCAUCAUAUGUUUAUCAAUUAGUAUUGGAACCCCCUGAUUAUUCUUCCUUCAGUCUACUACUACUAUGAUAGUUGCCAAAUGGUAUUUUUCUAUUUCUCUCUUACUAUAAGAAAAAGCUGUUUCUUAUCCACAUAUCUGAUCCAUUUGUUUAUAGCAUGCAUCCUAUUUAACUCAGUGAGUUCUAUAAAUAUCAGUUUGAUGCUCAAAUUAUCCCAGACUUGACCAGCCAGAGCCCCUUCAAGCUGGAUCCUGUUUCCUCUUGACAUCUCCCCAUCAUUUAUUUUUAGGACUUCCAUCUUCUCAGCACAAUACGAUGUUCCAAGGUCAACUUGUGUUUUCCCUGUUCCACUCUGGAGCCAGAGUCUUCAAGGAAGACUGGUUCCUUUUAGUGAUGAGUGGUAUUUAGAAACCAACAUCUGAGUCCUAGAUGUGUUCAUUUCUACUGGGAUAUUUCUGUUUCUGCGCCCACUCUGUGAUCAGAGCUAGGAAAUAUAUACCUUACUUUCAUAUUUAUUUCUGUAACUAUUCACCUGUAUUAUAAACUAUUAAUUCACACUGGUAAUGCCAAACUCAUUUCAGUACUGCAGGAUUCAUCUCACAUUUUCCCUUUUUGUUUUUGUUUCUUCCUUCUCAGUUGGUGAUCAAUCUGGCUACCAUUAUCUGAAAUAUAUUUUCUCAUAUAUUGAAUCACCCAUAUGAGCCAAUCUCCUAACCACCCCCAUGCUGCCCCCACCACUCUCUCCAAUGCUCUCCUCACAAUGGGUUGUGAUGACCUGCUGCCACAGUGUUAUCCCUGUUGCCCUGCUCUGAUCCCAUCCUUAUAUGGGCCACCAUUACAUUUUCACUUGUGAAAGCAGUUGAUUCUGAAAAUAAAUAGCACGGGAAUCUUUUCUUUGCUAAUAAACAGAUCCUAUGUGAAAUCAAGAAAUCAUUCAAAUUUAACUUUUUAACAUUUGAAUGGUGGUAUUCAAAAAAGUAUCCGGUCUAAAAACACUGUUGGCUUUAAAAAUACAUUUAAAAUACCUUGAACAGGCAAUAACAGGAGUAAAUCACAAAAAUAUUAUACCAUGCAAAAACAAAAAACAAACCCAGGUAUGAAAGAAGUCUUUACAUACUGUGUUUUACAUACUGUGCCCACUUUGGCACCAUGUAUACUAAAAUUAGAACUAUACAGGAAAGAUUAGCAUGACAUCUGUGCAAAGACAACACAAAUUUAUGAAGAAUUCCCCUAUUUUGUUAUACAUAUCUUACCAUGUUAAAAAAUAAACUAGAAAGAGUAUAUAUUGUAACAUUCCAUCUAGAUGAAAUCUGGAAAUAGGAAAAAUUGAAUCUACAGUUAACAGAUAGCAGAUCAGUGGUUGCCUCAUUCAGGGGAAUUUGCUGCAGAGGGGCAUGAGGGGGAACUAUGAUGGAAAUGGAAAUUCCAUUUUGGCGUGAUAGAAAUGGUCUAUAACUUGAUUAUAGUAUAAAUUUGUUAAACACUUGAAAUGUAUCCUUUAAAUGCUUUUUAGUAUAUGUAAAUUAUAUUUCAACUAAAUUGAUUUUUAAAAUGUUGAAAUUAUAGAAUUCUAAAAAGCUGGGAAGGAUGUAAGUGUCUCCUGCUUUUUCAGAUGAUAAAAAUUGAGGUCUAAAGAGGCUAAAUCAUUAGACCAACUAGUUGGAAGAUAGACUUAAAUUUUCAAAUUUCAACUUUUUCAGUAUCUUUCUGUGCCUGUGUCUUCUUUCUUGACAUGACAGGAUGCCUGACCAGAAAAGUACUCUGCAAAAGAUCAAAUUUGUGUUUUUUCCUUUCACAGUACAGGUUAGGGUAGAGAAUGUCAGAGGGAAGCUUUACUUAGGAUAGGCAAGCAGUAAGGAGCUCUGAAUGUCCUGGGAGAAAGGCAUAGCAGGACUUUCUGUGUUUUACUAUAAAAAAUUUUUUUAAACUGCCUCAUUUUUUGGGAAGUGGUGCUUGCUGUAGAGAAAGGGAGAAAUGGUGGUUCUGGACCUGCUGCCCAUUGGAUCAUCCUGACCCAGCCCUCCUGUGACUGUGUGUGACCUGCUCAGGUUGAUUGUGAAGAGUGGGCCCUUGGGAGGCCAAAUGUGGAACAUCCUUGGCAAACAAACUAAGCUUGUCUUCCUUGUUGAGCCUCAUAGCAAGAAUAGAGACCUACAAGGGCCUCAUCUACAAGCAGUGGACAGGCACUGCCUUUUGGAUCAAGGGGGACAGCUUUCCAAAAGUGACAGUGUGAGAUGAGAAACUAUGGCAUUAGCCAAUUUUUCAGGCUAUAAUUAAGAAGAGAACAGAUCCCACUAUAAUCUGCAUAAGUCACUGCUUGUCAUAUCUGGGCAAUCUAUGGGGGAGCCAGGUGGGAUAUAAUGGGCAUCUUGCGAAAAGGGCUUUGGGUGAUUAAGCAGUUGUUUGGAAAAAACAAAAGCUUUGCAAAUACAUAGGUACUUGAGUUUGUGAAGCAGGUUAUAGUGAUUUUACUGGAAAUGUUAAUUCAUCCAUGCAGCAGGAUUUAUGAGCGUAUACUUACUGUGUGUCAGUCCUGUGCUAAGAACUAGGGAUAGUGGCUACACUCCUAGAGUUUAGGGGGUAGAGGUAAGAUACUUCACAAAAUAGACUGCUGUGCAGUGGGGAGCAUGAAUUCCGAUGGAAAUUCAGAGAAUGGACCCCUAAUCUACCCUUCAGCUGAGAGGAGGGGAGAUCAGGAGAUGCCUCUCCACAGAAAGUAACAUUUGAGGUAUAGAGCUGAAGUAGAGGCUAUUCAUAGGAAAGGGAUGACAUUAUUGUAGGAAGGUGGAGACAGAAUAAAGAAAGCCUGGAGAUAGGAUUUGAAUCUCUCAUGGAAAGGCAAGUGUAAUACUUUGAUGCACCUGGAAUAGUCAGAGUAGCAGGAAAAGAUGAGAGAUGAAGCCCUGGAGACACAGGCUUUGAUCCUAAGGACAAUGAUGAACCACUGAAGGGUGUUAAAUGGGACAGUGGCAUGAAUACAAUGUCUAGAAUAUUUUUUCUGUUUUUUUUUUUCUGGAAAGAAUGAACCAAAGAGACUUGAUAUACAUGGUGACCAUUAAGACAAUUGUUGGAUUGAGUGAGAAUGAUGGAGGGAAAUAGAUUUCAGUUAGGAGAUACAGGACUUCCUUGAUAGGUCAGUUAGUAAAGAAUCCACCUGCAAUGCAGGAAACCCCAGUUCAA